AUGAUAAUAAUCAGUUUGUAUUGGAUCAAUUUGAUUCUUCAACAUCAGAAUCAUCAGCUUUAAAUCAAGAAUCUUCAGCUUUAAAUCAACCUGAAUCGUCAGCUUUAAAUCAACCAGAAUCAUCGGCUUUAAAUCAACCAGAAUCAUCAGUUCACCCAAUUUUAGAUCGAUCUGGUUCGUUAUCUAAUCAAGAAUUUUCAGCUUCAACAUUAAAUCAAGAAUUCUCAACUUCACACAAACCUGAAUCGGAUAAAUCUAGGUCAUCAAUUAUAAAUAAAUCAGGGCUAUCGACAUUAUUUCAAGACGAUAACAAUGAUAAAUGCCGUUUGCCAUUAUGUGAAAUUCAAAACAUUCAAUCACAUAAACUAUCCCGUGAAUAUGCUAAUAAAUCACUUGUUGAAUAUCGAACCCGAAUGAAAGACCAAAUGCUAAAAAAAAAUAAACAUCCACUCGAAUAUUCUAUUAAUGAUUAUGUUUGUAUUGCAAUUCCAAAAAUAGAUCGUAAUAGCAUCGACCGGCCCACUUUACCUUGCAAAGUUAUUGAAGAAUUGCCAAAUCAAACAUAUCGCUUACAAUGUAAAAAUGGAAUACUUAAUACUACUUAUG